AUGACAUAUAGACAUAAUUUUGAAGACCUCGACGAUCGCGUUGCUGUUCGCGAAUACAACCUUGCAACUUACGGCAUUCACAACGCUCCCCAGGUGUACCGUACCCUCAACCCUGUUCUUAACGCCGACAUCUCAGAACCAACGACGCCGGUUUAUAUCCCUACGAAACCACUGACACGUUUGGUCGAGACAAACACAACGACCUUCACGCACAGACCAGUACUCUCAACAACCUCAAUCUCGAUACCGCAAGUCCUUACUCCUAAAAAUCCACCAAGAUCCAUCGCACCGUCGAUUGUAACCCGGCCGUCCACAUUUACAAUGGCCGAUCUCCCUGCACCUCUCCUACAAGCCCUCCGCCUCCUGAUACGUGCGAACCACAUCCUGCACCAACACAACCUCGUCGAUGCAUUCGGCCACAUCUCGCUCCGGCAUCCUUUAGCACCCGAUCAAUAUCUGAUCGCAGCCUAUGACCCAGGCGCGCCAGCCCUAGUAAAAUCGCAGCAAGAUUUCAUCUCCUACCGCGUCAGAGACAGCACACCCGUGGAUCCCAAUGCGCCUCAAGGCUACAGCGAGCGCUUCAUUCACGGCGAAAUCCUGCGGCGCUUUCCAGACAUAAGCUGCGUCGUGCACUCGCACUCCGAGACAGUAAUCCCCUUCACUCUGUCCAACAUACCCGUACGACCCGUCUUCCACAUGGCUGGCUUUCUCGGCUCGAGCGUGACCGGCAUCCCCGUCUUUGACGCGCAGGACGCGUAUAUAGACCUAGUCGGCAAAAUCGAAGUCACGCCCGAUAUGCUGAUCAAGAACCAGCCGCUUGGGAAAGCUCUGGCGCGGAAAUUGCACCCCAGCACGCCGGUAGUGCUGCAGCACAAGCACGGUUUUACAACCAUGGGCAAGAGUGUCGAGGAAGCUGUUUAUCGGGCUUUGUACACGCAGACGAAUUGCGAAUUGCUAGGCAAAGCACUACAAUUUGCGGGCGGGGACAUAAACAAAGUGGCGUACUUGAGCGAAGAAGAGGCGAAGAGCUGUAAGAAGAUGAACGAAAAGUGUGUAGACAAGAGUUGGCGACUGUGGUUGCGCGAAGUGCAAACAAACCCCUUGUACGAAACAGAAGAGGGCGAACCGGAACGGCUGGCCGUUGCGGGCAUGAAAAUUUGA